AUGAAAUCUCCUAUAUCUGAACCUUCCUUCAUCUCUCCAAACUCUGGCAAUUCUUCCUUCACAGCUAGGAUGAACGCAAACCCUAACGGGGCGAACAUCAAAGCACCAGUAUUCUGUGAACCUUUGAAACAUCCUUCAGGACUGAAAACAAGUAAGAAGAAUCACUGCAAGGAAGUAGGCAAGGUUCUAUUCCCUGGGGAAUGUUUCGGAAUUUUGCCAGCUGUUGAACCAACAGACAAUAUAUGGAAAAAAUGUGCUGAAGAAUUUGAAAAUAGAUGGGGAUUUCCUAAUUGCAUUGGCAGCGUGGACGGUAAACAUGUAACAAUCAAGAGACCUAACAACAGUGGCUCCAAUUACUGGUGCUAUUUACAUAAAUAUUCAAUAGUACUUGUGGCCAUUGUUGGCCCGGACUCUAAAUUUAUAUGUGUUGAUAUUGGUGGUUUCGAAAAAAAUAGUGAUGGGGGUAUUUUCGAAACCUCAAACAUGGAAAAACGAUUUGAACAAAAUUUAAUGAGUGUCCCUGCACCUAGAUUUCUCCCUGUGCAAAAUGAAAUCUGCUCGUACGUUUUAAUUGGUAAUGAAGCAUUUGCUUUAAAACCAUACCUGAUGAGACCAUUUCCUUAUAAGCAGACUUUAACAGACGUCAGAAAAGAGAAAUACAAUGCAUCUGUCGCCGCUUCUUUCAGCGAGGAAAGAAACUUUGAAAGUACAGUCUUGCGUCCCGCCGUCGCAACUCCCACGGGAGUUUUUCCUGGGGAGUCGAAGAUUAAAGUGGUCCGUACAUACAAAUACUCUCAUCUCUUCACCCUCCGACUCGCCGGCCGGGGUUUUUACGUAAUCAACCAAAUUCAUCAGACAUACAUACUGUCCUCUCACUUUGGUACCGUGGUAAGUGUCCACUAG